AUGGCACCAUUCAUCGCACUUUUUCGUCAGCCCACCGCUCGACUCGCUCAAAAUAUCAAUGGAAUCCGCACAACUGCACUGAUCACUCAAAGGCUCUUGUCUGUGAAAACAGAUCCCACGGCUGACCAGAAAGCAGAACAACCAAAAUUCUUUCGUCAACCACCCAGUGUUGUAGGUGCCCUUGAUGCACCCACAGUUGACAGAAACGGGUGGCUGGACAGAAAGAAGCAGAAGCUUCGAGAUAUUACCAAUUACGACAAAGCCUUUGCUGCUCAUGCUGCUGAGCGUCGUCAUUUGGUCGAAGAAGCCACAAAAUCAUACUUUGCCGAUGUUCAUGAAAUGAGAAAGCACGGUGGCAAGAUGUACCAUGCUUCCCCAAAGCUUAUCAAGGCAGAGAAAGCAGGUUACAUGCCGGAUUUUGAGGGCACAAACCUAGAAAGAAAACCUAUCCACACCACCGAUAUUCUAAAGGACAAGAUCUCUCUUAUGUCUUUUGUAUAUGCAAAAUAUGGCGAGCCUCAUGCCAACUCGUUUAUAGAACCUUUCUUGAAGAGAUUUGGAGAUAAAAAGGACAUCCAGCUUGUAGAGGUAAAUGUCCAAGAAAACUUUCUCAAGCAAUUGCUCCUGAAAGCAUUUGUGCCUACAAUCCGUAAGAAUCUAGCUGAAGAGCGCAAGGCAAACUAUGUAUUAUUAAUGAAGGAUAUUACCAGAGUGCGUAAAAUGCUUGAUAUGACAAAUCAAUACAUUGGUUACGUUUUCUUGGUUGAUGAAAACUGCAAAAUUAGAUGGGUUGCUCAUGGUAAUGCCACUUCUGAAGAGAUUGGAAAUAUGUUAGGCAUGACAGAGUACUUAAACGAAAAGCGUACUAAAGGAGUAAAGGCAGAGGACAAGCAGAAAUAA